ACGCUUUCCUCUUUUCUUCCAACUACGAACUAAGCUUAUUUCUCUUUUUAUGAAAGAAGAUGGCUAGAGUUGAAGGAAGAAUCAUUUAGCGGCGGUUCUGCCCUUCAUCCAUCCUUCCUUGUGCUCUAGGAAAGACGACGAAAUGGUGUUCAAGAACAAGUUAUUCUUCUCUUCUAAGAAAUCUGCUUCUUCUAGUCCCGAUGGAUCCAACAGCCCUCGUUCCGCUUCCCAUUCCCCGAUCCGAUCCGACAAGAAAAAACCCAAAGCUUCACUCUCCACCUCUGAUUCCCAACAGAUCCCCAAUCCACCCUCCCCUUUCAGUCCCAAGCAAAUCCAAGUCAAACCCAAAGGACCCCAAACCCCUGCUGCCAAGCCCUCUUCUUCUACCUCCAAGAAGCCCGAUGCCAAGGACGGGCCUUCUUCCGUCUCGCCCCUGCUGGCCUCUUCCUUGGGGUUGAAUCGGAUAAAGACCCGAUCCGGUCCCUUGCCCCAGGAGAGUUUUUUCAGUUUCAGAGGGGAGAAAAGUGCCUCUGCUUCAGUGCUUGGAGCUAGUAACUUGUCCAGGCCAGGAGGUUCAACUAGCGCUCGGGGCAGUGCUAACUCUGGGAAAUCGGGUUCUGGGAAGAAAGUCGGGUUGAACCAGAGGUUACUGCAAGAAAGUUUGCUUGACAACGCGAGCAAUUCGGAUAGUAUGUCAACUGGAAGUGCUAGUGCUGGGUGGCACUCUAGAGAGCAGAGCCCUAGUCUACAAGGGAAGUCCCAGUUGCAGAAUGGGGAAUCAUCCUCCGGAGCUGGGCGACACGAAUCACCAUGGGGCCACUCUGGAGGCUUUAAAAGUUCUGAUUUUCGUGCACCUGAGACUUCAUAUGAUUGUGAAAACGCCAAGGAGUCUGAAUCCCCCCGUUUUCAAGCUAUUCUUCGACUUACAAGUGGGCCUCAGAAGAGGUUUCCUGCUGAUAUUAAGAGCUUUUCCCAUGAAUUAAAUUCGAAAGGAGUGCGGCCUUUCCCAUUUUGGAAACCUAAACGCUUAAACAACUUGGAGGAAAUUGUGGUUGUCAUUCGGGCAAAAUUUGAAAAAGCGAAAGAGGAAGUGAACUCUGAUUUGGCUAUUUUUGCUGCAGAUCUGGUUGGAAUUCUCGAAAAGAAUUCUGAAAGUCAUCCCGAGUGGCAGGAGUCCAUUGAGGAUUUGCUGAUUCUGGCUCGACGCUGUGCUAUGACACCACCUGGAGAGUUCUGGCUUCAGUGUGAAGGCAUUGUUCAGGAGCUAGAUGAUAAGCGUCAAGAACAUCCUCAAGGAAUGCUGAAGCAGCUGUAUACACGGAUGCUUUUCAUUCUCACAAGGUGUACAAGAUUGUUGCAGUUCCACAAAGAAAGUGGGCUGGCUGAGGAUGAACCUGUGAUACAGCUUCGCCAAUCUAGACUCCUGCAUCCUGCAGACAAGAGAACUUCCUCAGGGCUCCUAAGAGAAGCUAAAAGUUUGAGUGUGUCAAAGGCUUCAAAAGCCUCCUCAUCUAAGAAAUCUUAUAGUCAGGAGCAACAUGCCUUAGAUUGGAGGAAGGACCAUGUUGUACUGCCAGGAAGUUUGAUUGCUCCCAUUGACGAAACUGAAAAGAACAUGGAAUCUUCUGUGAGCAGAGAUAGGAUAGCUUCCUGGAAGAAACUCCCGUCUCCUGCCAAAAAAAGUCCAAAGGAAGUAACUACUUCCAUGGAGCAGAAUAAUAGAAUGGUUGAAACCUGGAAAAAAACAAGAGCUUCUGAUGUAGAUCUGACUGCCGUUAAGCUUCAGGAGCCUACUCCUGCAAAAGAAUCUCAAGAACAUUCUUCUAAGCAUCAGCACAAAGUUUCUUGGGGUUAUUCGUCCCGAUGGAUCCAACAGCCCUCGUUCCGCUUCCCAUUCCCCGAUCCGAUCCGACAAGAAAAACCCAAAGCUUCACUCUCCACCUCUGAUUCCCAACAGAUCCCCAAUCCACCCUCCCCUUUCAGUCCCAAGCAAAUCCAAGUCAAACCCAAAGGACCCCAAACCCCUGCUGCCAAGCCCUCUUCUUCUACCUCCAAGAAGCCCGAUGCCAAGGACGGGCCUUCUUCCGUCUCGCCCCUGCUGGCCUCUUCCUUGGGGUUGAAUCGGAUAAAGACCCGAUCCGGUCCCUUGCCCCAGGAGAGUUUUUUCAGUUUCAGAGGGGAGAAAAGUGCCUCUGCUUCAGUGCUUGGAGCUAGUAACUUGUCCAGGCCAGGAGGUUCAACUAGCGCUCGGGGCAGUGCUAACUCUGGGAAAUCGGGUUCUGGGAAGAAAGUCGGGUUGAACCAGAGGUUACUGCAAGAAAGUUUGCUUGACAACGCGAGCAAUUCGGAUAGUAUGUCAACUGGAAGUGCUAGUGCUGGGUGGCACUCUAGAGAGCAGAGCCCUAGUCUACAAGGGAAGUCCCAGUUGCAGAAUGGGGAAUCAUCCUCCGGAGCUGGGCGACACGAAUCACCAUGGGGCCACUCUGGAGGCUUUAAAAGUUCUGAUUUUCGUGCACCUGAGACUUCAUAUGAUUGUGAAAACGCCAAGGAGUCUGAAUCCCCCCGUUUUCAAGCUAUUCUUCGACUUACAAGUGGGCCUCAGAAGAGGUUUCCUGCUGAUAUUAAGAGCUUUUCCCAUGAAUUAAAUUCGAAAGGAGUGCGGCCUUUCCCAUUUUGGAAACCUAAACGCUUAAACAACUUGGAGGAAAUUGUGGUUGUCAUUCGGGCAAAAUUUGAAAAAGCGAAAGAGGAAGUGAACUCUGAUUUGGCUAUUUUUGCUGCAGAUCUGGUUGGAAUUCUCGAAAAGAAUUCUGAAAGUCAUCCCGAGUGGCAGGAGUCCAUUGAGGAUUUGCUGAUUCUGGCUCGACGCUGUGCUAUGACACCACCUGGAGAGUUCUGGCUUCAGUGUGAAGGCAUUGUUCAGGAGCUAGAUGAUAAGCGUCAAGAACAUCCUCAAGGAAUGCUGAAGCAGCUGUAUACACGGAUGCUUUUCAUUCUCACAAGGUGUACAAGAUUGUUGCAGUUCCACAAAGAAAGUGGGCUGGCUGAGGAUGAACCUGUGAUACAGCUUCGCCAAUCUAGACUCCUGCAUCCUGCAGACAAGAGAACUUCCUCAGGGCUCCUAAGAGAAGCUAAAAGUUUGAGUGUGUCAAAGGCUUCAAAAGCCUCCUCAUCUAAGAAAUCUUAUAGUCAGGAGCAACAUGCCUUAGAUUGGAGGAAGGACCAUGUUGUACUGCCAGGAAGUUUGAUUGCUCCCAUUGACGAAACUGAAAAGAACAUGGAAUCUUCUGUGAGCAGAGAUAGGAUAGCUUCCUGGAAGAAACUCCCGUCUCCUGCCAAAAAAAGUCCAAAGGAAGUAACUACUUCCAUGGAGCAGAAUAAUAGAAUGGUUGAAACCUGGAAAAAAACAAGAGCUUCUGAUGUAGAUCUGACUGCCGUUAAGCUUCAGGAGCCUACUCCUGCAAAAGAAUCUCAAGAACAUUCUUCUAAGCAUCAGCACAAAGUUUCUUGGGGUUAUUGGGGAGACCAACCGACUGGUUCUGAAGAAAAUUCUAUAAUAUGUCGCAUUUGUGAGGAGGAGGUUCCCACCUCAAAAGUGGAAGAUCACUCAAGAAUAUGUGCUGUUGCUGAUCGUUGUGAUCAGAAGGGCUUAGGUGUUGACGAUCGCCUUGUAAGAAUUGCUGAAAUGCUUGAGAAGAUGACAGACUUAUUUGCUAAUAAGGAUAUGCAACAUUCAGGGAGCCCAGAUGUUGCUAAACUAUCAAAUUCAAGUGUGACUGAGGAAUCUGAUGUUCUAUCUCCUAAACUAAGUGACUGGUCCAGGAGAGGCUCAGAAGACAUGCUUGAUUGUUUUCCAGAAGUGGAUGAUUCAGUUCUUAUGGAUGACCUUAAGGGUUUGCCAUCAAUGUCAUGUAAAACUCGCUUUGGUCCGAAAUCUGAUCAAGGAAUGACAACAUCAUCUGCAGGAAGCAUGACUCCUAGAUCCCCUUUAUUGACACCAAAAAAUAGUCAGAUAGACUUGUUAUUGUCGGGCAAGGGUACCUUUUCUGAGCAAGAAGAUCUCCCACAGAUGAAUGAACUUGCUGAUAUUGCCAGAUGUGUAGCAAAUACACCAUCCGUUGAUGAUCGUUCUGUGCCAUAUUUGCUGUCUUGUCUUGAAGACUUGAAACUUGUCAUAGAUCGCAGAAAAUUUGAUGCGCUAACAGUAGAAACAUUUGGUGCACGCAUUGAGAAGCUUAUCAGGGAGAAGUACUUGCAAUUUUGUGAGCUAGUCGAGGAUGAAAAGGUUGAUAUAACAAGCACUGUCAUUGAUGAGGAUGCUCCUUUAGAGGAUGAUGUGGUUCGUAGUUUGAGGACUAGCCCUAUUCAUUCAUCUAAGGACCGUACCUCCAUAGAUGACUUUGAGAUAAUAAAACCAAUUAGUCGUGGAGCAUUUGGACGUGUUUUCUUAGCAAAAAAGAGGACAACAGGGGAUCUUUUUGCAAUAAAGGUGCUAAAGAAGGCAGAUAUGAUUCGCAAGAAUGCAGUUGAAAGUAUAUUAGCAGAGCGUGACAUUUUGAUUUCAGUCCGCAACCCAUUUGUGGUUCGCUUUUUCUAUUCAUUUACAUGCCGUGAAAACUUGUACCUUGUGAUGGAGUAUUUAAAUGGAGGUGAUUUAUAUUCAUUGUUAAGAAAUUUGGGCUGUUUGGAUGAAGAGGUUACCCGUGUAUACAUUGCAGAACUUGUGCUCGCCUUGGAGUAUUUACAUUCUUUGCACGUGGUUCAUCGUGAUUUGAAGCCUGAUAAUUUGUUGAUUGCACAUGAUGGUCAUAUCAAGUUGACAGAUUUUGGGCUAUCAAAAGUUGGUCUCAUCAACAGUACUGAUGAUUUGUCUGGUCCAGCAGUUAGCGGAACAUCUCUACUUGAUGAUGAGCAGCCUCAGUUAUGUGCAUCUGAGCAUCAGCAUGAGAGGCGGAAGAAACGUUCUGCUGUUGGUACACCUGACUAUUUGGCGCCUGAGAUUCUUUUGGGAACAGGACAUGGUGCAACCGCAGAUUGGUGGUCCGUAGGUGUCAUUUUAUUUGAAAUGAUUGUUGGCAUUCCACCUUUCAAUGCAGAGCAUCCACUGAUAAUAUUUGAUAAUAUUCUCAACCGUAAAAUACCUUGGCCACGGGCACCAGAAGAAAUAAGCCUGGAAGCAAAAGAUCUAAUUGAUGGACUGUUGACUGAAGAUCCUCAUCAGAGGCUUGGAUCCAGAGGAGCUUCCGAGGUGAAGCAGCAUGUAUUUUUCAAAGAUAUCAAUUGGGACACACUUGCAAGGCAGAAGGCUGCCUUUGUUCCCAGUUCAGAGAGUGCUCUUGAUACUAGUUACUUUACAAGUCGUUACUCAUGGAAUACUUCAAAUGAGCAUGCAUAUCCUGGUAGUGAAUUUGAUGAUUCGAGUGAUGUUGACAGCUUAAGUGGUAGUAGUAGUUGCCUGAGCAACCGCCAAGAGGAAGUGGGAGAUGAAUUUGGAGGUCUUGCUGAAUUUGAGUCCGGUUCAUCUGUCAAUUAUUCUUUCAGUAAUUUCUCAUUUAAGAAUCUGUCCCAGCUGGCAUCAAUUAACUAUGAUCUGCUUUCUAAAGGGUGGAAGGACGAUCAUCCAGCGAAUUCUAAUGCAUAGGAAGAUCCUCAUUUUUCGGGAGAGCUUGGGAUGUUUGUUUUAGACAUUGAUGUGUUGGUUGUAUACCCUGUACAUAGAUAGAAGAAAACUUGGGAUUGAAACUGCUGCUUGGGGAAGUAAAAGGCUCCAUCUACACGGGGGAUUUGAAAUUAUUAGUUGAGCAGCUGCUUUUGACUUCUGAGAACCUUUAAUGUAAAACCCUACUUUAAAAGCUGCAGUUUGAGUUAUGGGGCUCCCUUUAUUUUUAUUGUUAUCUCUAGCCUUUCACUCUUAAACAUCAGCAAUGAAAUCACAUCCCAUUUUAUUUUGGAGAGUUUAAAC